AGCUCGCGAGACUUCAGCACUUCUCGGCCGAAACACAAAUCUCGCGAUACGACGAUUCAUCUUCCUUUUCCGCUUCCUAAAGGCCACCAUGGCGGUCGGCAAGAAUAAGAGACUGACUAAAGGCGGCAAGAAAGGUGCCAAGAAGAAGAUUGUCGACCCUUUCUCCAAGAAGGACUGGUAUGAUGUCAAGGCACCAGCCAUGUUCAACAUCCGCAACCUGGGAAAGACUCUGGUCACCAGGACACAGGGAACUAAAAUCGCCUCAGACGGUCUGAAGGGCCGCGUGUUUGAGGUGAGCCUAGCGGACCUGCAGAACGACGAGGUGGCCUUCCGCAAGUUUAAGCUGAUCACAGAGGACGUCCAGGGCAAGAACUGUCUGACCAACUUCCACGGAAUGGACCUCACUCGCGAUAAGAUGUGCUCCAUGGUUAAGAAAUGGCAGACCAUGAUUGAAGCACACGUCGACGUGAAGACCACCGACGGCUACCUCCUCCGCCUUUUCUGCGUCGGCUUCACCAAGAAACGCACCAACCAGAUUAGGAAAACCUCCUAUGCUCAGCACCAGCAAGUGCGUCAGAUUCGCAAGAAGAUGGUGGAGAUCAUGACCCGUGAGGUGCAGACCAAUGACCUGAAGGAAGUCGUCAACAAGCUGAUCCCGGACAGUGUUGGCAAAGACAUUGAGAAGGCCUGUCAGUCCAUCUACCCUCUGCAUGACGUCUUUGUCAAGAAGGUCAAGAUGCUGAAGAGACCCAAAUUUGAAUUGGGCAAACUGAUGGAGCUACAUGGCGAAGGGGCAAGUAGCAGCACGAGCAAGACCACCGGAGACGACACCGGUGCCAAGGUGGAGAGAGCCGACGGCUACGAGCCCCCUGUCCAGGAGACUGUCUGAGCUCCAGUAGGCAAGCGAUCAAUAAAGCAUGUCAACCUGAAA